AUGUCAAUUCAAACUACUGACCAAAAUGAAGUUUCUGAAUCUAUCAAAUCAUUAUCUUUGAUUGCAUCCCACUCGCAUAUUACAGGUUUAGGUCUAGAUGACAACUUACAGCCAUUAGAGUCGGCCAAUGGUAUGGUUGGUCAGCUUCAGGCACGUAGAGCUGCCGGUGUGAUUUUAAAGAUGGUUCUAAAUGGUACUAUCGCUGGUAGAGCUGUUUUAGUUGCCGGUCCACCUUCUACUGGUAAGACUGCUUUAGCUAUGGGUAUGUCUAAAUCUUUAGGUAAGGAUGUACCUUUCACUGCUAUUGCUGGUUCUGAAAUUUUUUCUUUAGAAGUUAGCAAAACCGAAGCAUUAACUCAAGCUUUUAGAAAAUCUAUUGGUAUAAAGAUUAAAGAAGAAACCGAACUAAUUGAAGGUGAAGUUGUAGAAAUUCAAAUUGACAGAUCGAUAACUGGUGGCCAUAAACAAGGUAAAUUAACUAUUAAGACAACUGACAUGGAAACAAUUUAUGAAUUGGGUAAUAAGAUGAUUGAUGGCCUAACAAAGGAAAAAGUACUUGCUGGUGAUGUCAUUUCCAUUGAUAAAGCUAGUGGUAAGAUAACGAAGCUAGGUAGAUCUUUUGCCAGAUCCAGAGAUUACGAUGCGAUGGGUGCCGACACAAAAUUUGUUCAAUGUCCAGAAGGUGAAUUACAGAAGAGAAAGACAGUUAUUCACACAGUAUCACUACAUGAGAUUGAUGUUAUUAAUUCAAGAACACAAGGAUUUUUAGCUUUAUUUACUGGUGAUACUGGUGAAAUUAGAUCCGAAGUCAGAGACCAAAUAGACACCAAAGUAGCCGAAUGGAAAGAAGAAGGUAAGGCUGAGAUUAUCCCUGGUGUUUUAUUCAUAGAUGAAGUCCACAUGUUAGAUAUUGAGUGUUUUUCAUUUAUCAACAGAGCAUUAGAAGAUGAAUUUGCUCCCAUUGUCAUGAUGGCAACCAAUAGAGGUAUCUCCAAGACCAGAGGCACUAACUAUAAGUCCCCACAUGGUUUACCAUUAGAUUUAUUAGAUAGAUCUAUUAUUAUUACAACUGGUGCAUAUAACGAAAAGGAAAUUAAAAUGAUUUUAUCUAUCAGAGCACAAGAAGAAGAAGUUGAACUAACGCCUGAGGCAUUGGAUUUGUUGACGAAAAUUGGUACAGAAACAAGUUUGAGAUAUAGUAGCAACUUGAUAGCUACUUCCAACCAAAUAGCAAUCAGAAGACAAGGUCAUGUUAAAAACUCUGCUAUAGCUGUUGAUGUAGUCGAUGUCAAGAGAGCGUACCUAUUAUUUUUAGACAGCAGUAGAUCUGUAAAGUACAUGCAAGAAAACCAGUCUCAAUAUAUCGAUGACAACGGGAAAGUAGAAAUUUCAUCUUCUUUAUUAGUGAAAUCCAAGACCGAAGAAGUGGACUCGAUGGACACUACCGAAUAG